AUGCCCAUCGCAUCGCAUGCCCAUCGCAUCACAUGCUCCGUCGCAACACCCAUCGCACAUGCACCGUUCCUGAAUCCUGCACCAUUUGCCAGGUUCACCUCAUCAUUUCUCUCCAAUCUAGCCAAUUUUCCACGACGGCACCAAGGAGUGGAUGUGCUGCCACAAGCGAAGCCACGAUUUCUCGCUCUUCCUCUCCAUCCCAGGCUGCAAGCGAGGCAAGCACACCACUGA